AUGGCGUGGAUGCCCACCCUCCCCAAGAUGAGCCCAUCUGCCGGCGCUUCUGGCUGUAUCUGCAGUCUCCCAGCGCCGCCAAUGGCAGCUCUGUCGAGUACCACAUGGUGGGAUGAUGGAGCCCAGCAGGUGACUAGGCUGGUGAUGUUCCAAUCUCAACGGAGUGUUUCUGCGCCGCCUCGCAGGUUAAUAGUCACUCCAACAGAGAUCCCAACCGUAGCGGAGCCAUCUCCGCUUUCGCUAGAUAUGGGACGUAACUACGGGUCGCAACUAGGUAUCCAACCUCCUAGCGAAUCACUCCAACUUGAGGCCCGGCUGCGGGCUCCAUCACUUGGAAUUUCAGCCUUCCAUAACAUGAUUCGACACAAAAUAUCAUCCCAUUUGAAAACGCCAUCUCUAAGCAGCGGCCAGCUGCUGUGCCUUUUAGCUGGCCAUUUGCCGCCUUAUAUUCAGGGUGCCACAUAUGGGAUACACGUCGUGCAAGAGUCUCUAGGAUCAUUGGAAGCUUCUGAUGACGCUGACCCGGGCCGCUACGAGCUCUUUUCCUUCAAGCCAUCAUUUUCGUGA